AUGAAAAGUCCUUCCCCAACCACUCGGUCCAAAACCCCCAUCUUCCUCCUGAAGACCAAAUCGACCCCUCAGGACGGAUACGAAGAGUAUUUCUCCGCAUCGGGUUGCUAUGACCCCAUAUUCGUCCCCGUCCUCGAACAUAAGUUUCGCAACGCAAGUCUGCGGAGGGUGAGGGACCUGUUCGUUUCUGGGAAGAUAAGGGAGCAAUAUGGCGGGCUGAUAUUUACGAGUCAGAGAGCUGUGGAGGGGUUUGCGAGGAUCAUUAUGGAUGAGGUAGGGGAAACCGCAUCUACAAAGGCCUCUGAAUCCCUCCUCCUCUACAGCGUCGGACCAGCCACCUACCGCUCCCUGAAUAUAUUGCGCGAAUCGCAUCUCCCCCACUCCCAACUCAUGGGCCACGAUGCGGGUACGGGCGAGAUACUCGCACACAUCAUCCUCGACCACUAUAAUGCCAAUCACAGCAGUAGAAGAAGGAGCCAUGCUGACAGAGAAAGAAGAGCGGCUGAUGAAGAUGCUGAUGGCUGCGAAAAAACGACAGCGAAAAGGACCAAACUACCCCUUUUAUUCCUCAUUGGCGAGCAACACCGAGAUAUCAUCCCCAAAACACUCAUGGCAGACACACUUCCCCCAGAGACGCGGAUAGAGGUUGAAGAGUUGAUCGUGUAUGAGACGGGGGUUAUGGAGUCAUUUGAGGAUAUGUUUGCGGCUGCGCUGGGGGAUGCGCGAGCGAGGAGAAGGUUAGAGAGUGGUAGCAGUGGUGGUGCGGAUGGUGGUGAGAAUGUUAACUCUGGUGAACGACCUAUGUGGGUUGUUGUUUUCUCGCCUACGGGUUGUGAGGCUAUGCUUCGAACGCUUGGUGUGCUUCCAGGCGGUGAAGGGGGGGAGGAGGAGAAGGAGAAGAAGGCAAGGAGAAUUGAGAGGGCCCUGCGAGAUUGCUAUAUCGCAACGAUUGGGCCGACGACGAGGGAUCAUCUACGUGAGCGGUAUGGGGUGGAGCCGGAUGUCUGUGCGGAAAUCCCUAGCCCUGAAGGGGUUGGGAAGGGGAUUGAGAAGUUUUUGUUGGAGAAAAGGGGGAGAUAA